AUGAGGCCCAAGCUCGUCGCGUUAGCAUAUCUCCAGUCUUGGUUUUGCUUCGACGUCCUGAUAGUCAUGUCAGACUGGCUUGUGGUCUCACAGAAGGACAGCACCGCCCUCACGGCGAUACCAGUCAUGCGGGCACUGCGAUUAGUGCGCGUGCUUCGUCUGCUUAGACUUGGCCGACUCUCUCACAUGCUCAAUGAGGUGUUGCAGUACGCCUCCGACGGGCUCACAAUCGUCGUCAACAUUUUUAAGUUGACUGCUGGGCUAUGCGUCGGCAUUCACAUCAUCGCGUGCAUUUGGUACGGCGUGGGCCAAGCCAGCAGCUCUGGAUUCUGGAUGGGUUCCUGA